AUGUGGAUACUCUCAUCCGAUGGAGAUUUCUUGCAAGGAAAACGUAUAUGGCUAAAACCUGGUAAAAAAUAUCUGUUUGGGCGGGUUCAGCAAGAUGGGAUUACGCAUACGAUUGACAAUCGGACGAUAUCACGGAAGCACCUUAUAAUCGAAGUUGGGAAAGUAAAGCCAGGCGAUGGGUCACAUAUACAUACCAAGUCAAAGCUGGUUAUUAGUGACCCAGGCUCGAGAUGGGGGACUACCCUUGAUGGAACGCUUAUAACUGGGGAGAGCAAAGACCUUGGAAGUCGGGAUGAAUAUAAACUAUCCCUCGGGCGAUACCCUUCCGUUCUCCGAAUAAAAUGGUGUCCGGUUGUGUUGAGCUUUUCGUUCCCAACAAAGCAAUUGAAGGUGAAAGACCCGCUUGCACACGCUCGUUCCCAACUUGAGGAAUUAGAUAUUAAAACGGUUAUUCCAUACGUCGUCGGGAAAACCACACAUGUGGUUCAAAGCAAGCGUAAUACCGCCAAAGGCCUCCAAGCUCUCAUCAAUGGAUGCUACUUAGUCCAGGACUCGUUUAUUGAGCGUAUAAGAUAUGCUGCCUCUCCGAAAGAUGUAGAGCACGAAGAAUCUCUUUCGCCCCUAGAGGAGGAUUUUGAUAAUGCAUGGCCGAACCCCGCGGAAGAUCUACCUCCUCGCGGCAAUGCACCUACUGAAUUACCCGACAGUGCGUACGAGCCAAACACUGAUAGGAUUAAUGUAUUUGAAGGCUACACGUUCGUUUUUUGUGAUAAAAAACGGUUUGAAGAUUUACAGGGCCCAAUAUCCAAUGGCCAUGGGAAAGCAUUGCUCUAUGAAAUUGAUCCGGAGACCACGAAGGCUGAGGACAUGGUGGAUUACUUGAACAAGGCAGCUGGUGUCAAAGGACUUGCUUGCGAGCAGGAUGGUACUGGGGGAGUACUACUCAUGCAGUUCCGCAUCAAAGGACAUGAAGAUUGGUCUGCUGCACUUGAGAAUAAAGUGACCCAGUUAACUGGUCAGCAACCCGUUGAAGCUAGUGACUUCUUAGACGCAAUCCUACGAAACAAUGCUUCACAGCUAUAUCGACGAUAUGAGAAGCCAGUUGAUCAAGACCCUAGUCCUCCUGCCACAGUUCCAAAUACGGACCCUGAACAGACCCAAAUGGUGUCUUCUAACUCGAAUACUAAUGUACUUGUAGAGGAUAGCCAAAAAGAGGCCCGGUCACUCAAGCAGAAUAAGUCGAAAGGCUAUGUUCCAAAGUUCAAGGAUUUUGAUGACGGUUUUGAUAUGGAGUCAAUACCCGUUUAUCAACUUGAAGAGGAAGAAAGAGAUACACAGGCAGCUGUUCCGGACUCGAUACACGAUAUAGUUCCUUCGAGCGUCCCAUCUGAUGGAGAAAAGGAUGAUACAGUGAUGGAUCUAUUACCCGGAGCCGCCGCGAUGAAACAGCGUGUUGGCAAUAAACGACCACUGGAGCAAAAACAAGCAACCCCGCCGCCGCAAAAAGCCAAGAGGCCGAAGCUGGAUAUAAAGGAAGCUGCUCGGCAGAGACGUGAAGAAGUGGAUGAAGCCGCAACAGCCCGUCGAAAGGAGGACGCAAUCUCAUUCCAAGCUAUCGUAGAAGGUAUGGACCUUGUACAGAUUCAAAAGCUCGUCGCGGUGGAGGAAAUGGAAGUUAAACCCAGGCAAUCACAUCGCAACAAUCCUGCUGAUGAUAGCCGAUGGGAUGAGCGAUGGAAUGGCCGCCAGAACUUCAAGAAAUUUCGAAGAAAAGGCGAUACAGAUGUGCUUCGUCGGCGACGAGCCAUUAUCGUUCCACUUGAGGAAGCUAAGAAGAAAGAUUUUGGAAUUGGGGACGAUUACUGGGGGGCGAGUACAACUACACCUUCUGAGCGGCAGAGGAGUCCAUCCGUGUCAAAUAUUGAGUCUGUGACUACAUCACAGGAGAUUCCACAGCCUGCAGCUCCCGCAAGCCGUCCGAAGCCCCAGAAGAGGUCAAGAGAUGCUGGAGAAAGUGAUGAUGGCCUUCGGUUCCGUUUCCGACGAAAACGCCAGCGAUGA